GCCCCGUCAGCUUCCGUAGAUUCUCGAGCGCGUGCGUGACGCAGCAGCGUCCAACGGUCAGAAGAAUUUUCACAGGCAAGAUGGCGACUUCGGAGCCGCGAGGAACUGAAACUGAAGAAGUCCGUGCUGAUAGUCCUACGGCUGUUGUGACAACAAGUUCUGAACAGUACAUCAAACACCCUUUGCAAAACAGAUGGGCCCUCUGGUAUUUCAAAAAUGACAAGAGCAAAAGUUGGACAGAAAAUCUGCGUCUCAUCUCCAAGUUUGACACAGUGGAAGAUUUCUGGGCAUUAUACAAUCACAUACAACAGCCCAGUAAGCUUGGAUUUGGCUGUGAUUACUGCUUAUUUAAGGAUGGUAUUAAACCCAUGUGGGAGGAUGACAGGAAUAAACUGGGUGGACGGUGGUUAAUGACCCUCAGCAAACAGCAACGACACAAUGACCUUGACCGCUACUGGAUGGAGACCGUAAGAGUGUUUUUAUUUUUGCUUGGGUCUUCAUAUAUUUUGAUGGACAGCUGGAUGUGCAUUUCUGACUGUCCAUGUGUCUGUCAUCAUCUUCUGCAGCUGUUGUGUUUAAUCGGAGAGUCCUUUGACGAGGCCAGCGAAGACGUGUGUGGUGCUGUGGUCAAUGUCAGGCCAAAGGGGGAUAAAAUAGCCAUUUGGACAGGCAACUGCCAAAACAGGGACGCGAUCAUGACGAUAGGGCAACAAUACAAAGAGCGUUUGAGUAUCCCAGUCAAAACCCUCAUCGGAUACCAGUCACACGACGACACCUCUAGCAAAAGCGGCUCUACAACAAAGAAUAUGUACUCGGUUUGAAGAAAACUAAUCUCAGCUCAUUGUAGGUUUAUACAAUUUCAAAUUUGCAUCACAUUAAUACUUUUCAGUUGUCAACUACUGUAGUGUCCUUCCUUUUUAAGAAAAGAAAUAAA